UCUAAAGAGAGAAAAAGAAGGUCUUCAACCAACCUUUUAUCUACUCCAAGUUAAGCAUAUAUAAAUAGACCUUAUAAUCUUAUAUCCUUAUAAACUUCACAUAUUCUUCCUUUCUUUCUAUCUUCUUGUAAGACCUUAUCGUGUACUAUGGCUUUAGAGGUCGAUGCCACCACCAGCUGCACAAACGACACUCUUGAUGAGGAUCGCAAUGAGAUAGAAAAAAAUAACGGAAUACUAUUAUGGACGAAACUCGAAAGUUUGUCCAUAUCUAAAAAGAAGUUGCUUGUCCUUGAUCUAAAUGGCUUGCUUAUUCAGCGUGCUCAUAAAUGCAACAAGUCUGAAAUUCCUCUAAACCGUCGUCCUGAUGGUGUUUAUGGCCAACGCUUAGUUUAUAGGAGGCCUUUCCUUGAGGAGUUCCUGAAGUUUUGUCUUGAGAGAUUUGAAGUAGGAAUAUGGUCUUCUGCUAAAGAGAGUAACGUCGAUGGUAUCCUUGAAUGUGCUUUUAAGGGAUUGAGAAGCAGUUUCUUGUUUGUUUGGGACCAAAAUAAGUGUUCAGAUUCAGGGUUCAAGUCAUUAGAGAAGAAAUGCAAGCCUAUUUUCUUCAAAGAGCUCAAGAAACUUUGGCAGAUUUCGGCUCCAAAGAGAGGAGAGCAUCUGUUCUCUGAAUCAAACACUUUGCUGAUUGAUGAUGAGCCUUACAAAGGCCUCCUUAAUCCGCCAAACACCGGCAUAUUCCCUAGGAAGUAUGAUGCAAGAAAUCUGAAUGAUGAUGCUUUAGAUCCAAAGAGGGAAUUGUGUUCUUAUCUGAAAGGCUUAGCAGAUGCUGAGGAUGUUCCUUCAUAUGUCAAAGCACAUCCUUUUGGACAGCCUGCUAUAGACUCCCAACACCCUAACUGGGACUUCUACUCCUUAUUAAUCCGCCGUGCAGGGGCUUCUCUGGUAUAAUUUGCAGAUGAGUAGUUUUGGUACCAGGGUGAGGAAAGGAUAAAAGAAGAAACUUUUCUUAUGGGGAUAUAUCUGAUGAUUGUAGUUUAUCCAUUUUUUGCUGUGUUUUGAUCCUCAUUUUACAAAGGAUUACGUAUGUGCCAUAAUGAACCGUUCUGUCAGUAGUAUCGCUGCUGUCUUUUUUUCCAGCUUUUGUUGUUGCCAGAACUAAGUGGUUUGAUGGCUAUGUUUUCAUCUUUA